AUGACUGCAUAUCAGCAAGUGCCUUUGCAAAUGUUGCCAUUAAAUGAUAACAUGAUGGGGUAUCGCCAAGUGAACAACGAUCAAUACCAGAAGCUUGCCGGUGUAGGUGGACUUGGGGCUGUUGAAAGAACGGGAGUCGAUGUUGGAGCAGUGAAGGGUGACCUUUUAGCGGAUUUAUGGCUGAUGCCAUCUAGCCACGAGUGCGCAUCUUCGACAUCUAGUACCCCGAGUUCGACGUCACCAAGCCAUAAUAACAUGUGGAAAUCGCCAGCUCUGUUAACACCACCAUUAAUGAGUCAGGGAAAUGGUAACUAUGGAUAUUUGCCUGGUGGUGUAGGAGGUGCGAUGCAACCUAAUUACGGGAUGACAGAUAGUACAGACUACAAGCCAUUGCCGGGCAAUAUGGUAUUUAAUGACUUACCAGCAUUGACAGAAGAGAAUUUGAUGUAUGGUACCGACUCUAAUUCGUUUGCAUACACUGGGAGGAACACGUCGUUAUCGGACCAUUCGGACGAAAUUUUCAAUUUUGAACAGCAACAACUUCAACAGCAACAGCAACAGCAGCAACAACAGGUAUUGUUGUCUCAACAGGCUGUUCAAUGUCCAAGCGUUCAGCAGACACAACAACAGAAGAAUAAACAAUUAAAUGUGAAUACACAAUUAUACAAGACCGAAUUAUGCGCUUCUUACAUUAAGAUGGGAAUCUGCCCUUACGGAAAUAAGUGUCAAUUUGCUCAUGGUGAGAACGAACUCAAGUCGGUAUCAAGACCUCCAAAAUGGAGAUCCAAGCCUUGUGCCAAUUGGUCUAAGUUUGGCUCAUGUCGUUACGGCAACAGAUGUUGCUUCAAGCACGGCGAAUAG